CAACGGGCAUCAGAAAGCAUUUUCCCACUGACUUGACCUGCUAGAGCUGAGCGCCAUGUUAUUUUUCCAGUGGGUUGAUUGAAACUUAACAGCAUAGAGCAGACCUAGGCAAGGGGCGGCCCGCGGGCCGCAUCCGGCCCGCCUCCCGUCUCUGACCUGCCCGCCCGCCAGUAUAUAUACUAUAUAUACAGUAUUGGGUAAAACUGAGUUAACUAUAUUAGUCCGGCCCUCUAAAACCAUCCCAAUUUCUCAUGCGGCCCCUUGGGAAAAUUAAUUGCCACCCCUGGCAUAGAGGUUGCUACUGCCCCCAGAGUCAAACCUGCAGGAAGUGUGUAUAUGUUGUAUGGCCUGAGUGUCAAACAUGUAGCAUGUAGAUGUUGCUACAUCCCUGGUGUCAAACCUGGGUAUAUGUGGUACCAUCAUAUUGUGUGUGUAUAUAUAUACCUUUUUUAAAGUCUUUGAUACUCUGACAAAACUGUAACUGUUUUUUCAAGUAGGAAAAAAGUGGAAUAAAAGUGGGUAUAAAUAUUCAUCACCAUUAUUAUAAAUGUGUUUGUCCGAGUGCAUUUCAGACAACCCAGCCUGUGGAAUGGACAGAACAGGUCCCAUCAAGCUUUGUACUACUUGGCUAGAUAGUAGACGCGGCCUCUUGUCCGUGACAUAAGAGAGACUGCAGGAGGCAAGAAGACCUCAAAAGUUGUGAGCACAUUUCACUGUCUCUGACGUGCCCUCCCAUAAACAAGGCCGGCAUCACGCACCACUUACUGUCUCUAAUGUGCCCUCACAUAAAUAAGGCGGGCACCUCACGCACACACGGCACCUAGCAAGAGUAAAGCAAGAGCACGUGGUAGUCUGUAAAGAUGCCAGAGCGCAUCAGCACGCAUCGGGCCAGUCUGCAGCAGCGCCCGCUACCACACCACAGGCCGGGUCCUGCCGACGAGCAGCUAACUCCACACUGGUCACAGGCCAUAGCUGUGGGCCAACAGUCUGCGGAUGGAUGACACUCCCAACUCAGCUCAGACUGCCAAGGCUAUUUCAACCCAGGAUAAAACCUCACAAAACAUCUGACUGAUGCUGCUGUCAUGGGUACAGGGUAUGCAACAUUGGUCAUCUGUCAAGCAAGUGCAGCUGCAAACCUUUGGAACUUCUAUCAGACCAGAUCAAGAUGUCAGAAUCCACACUAAUCCACAGCCCAAAAGCAAGAAGUAAUUAAAAAAAAACCUGCCACUUGCACAGAAUGCUGCGCUUCAAAAAGUGUGUUUUCUUCACUGUCUUAGUACUUGCUCUUUGUGCAGUCAUACUAAGAAAAAUAAACACACUCAGACAUAAUAAUGAACUUGAUAUCACUGAUGAAAAGUUACAAAGUCAGCAAAAAGGAGGUGGCAAAACAUUUCAUCAUGUUGAACCACCUUUCCUCAAGAAACCUUACAAUACUGUGGAUUCUCUUCUUGUCAGCAGUUUGGAACAAAAUUCAUGGAGCCUGAAGCCUAACUCUUUUUUUCACACACCAACUACUUCUCUAGUAAGCCAGGCUCCAGCCAACAGAGAGGAAAAGACAGUUAUUUUUGACACCAUAUUUAAUACCUGGAAAAGGACUGUUGACUUUGUAAAUGUGAGUGAAAUAUAUGUAUAUGGUGCUUACCUUGAUCACCGAGAAGGAAAUAAAAUGACUGUACAUAUGUUAGCUCUUCAACACAGAGACAAUAAAGACAGUCUGUUGUGUCGCAUCAUGGUCGAUGAUAAAGUAUUCAACCUGUAUUCUGAACCUUACAAAAUGUGUGAGAACCAUGGAAAAAUAUAUGAAGGAUGGAUCUAUUCCUGCAAGCUUCCAACAAAUGUUCACAAAGUUCCAUCCCAAAUUUCAAUUCUUGCAUUGAGUCAACGGCUCAAUGCAGAUAAGUUCAUAACAGCCCCGCUCAAAACCAUUCCACAGCAAACAGAAUCAGAUGCAAAAAACAUUGGUGUAUGUGUUCCUCCACUAUUUGGUAAUGUCAGUUUGUCACUGGUAAUAAACUUUGUUGAAAUGUGUAAGCUGCUGGGGGCAGACCAAGUAAUGUUGUACUUUGCCAGCACUUCAAAGGAAAUAAGAAAGUUUUUAGAGCAUCAUUCCAAAAGAGAUGCUACAUUAUCUCUGACAAGCUGGAACAUGCCAAGAGAGGUGACAAAAUCACCAGGAAUUUGGUAUCAUGGACAGCUGCUGGCAAUACAAGACUGCCUCUACCACAACAUGGGCAAAUUCAAGUUUUUGCUCUUCAUGGAUUUGGAUGAAAUGCUUUUUCCAAGAAAGUCCUAUAAUUGGAUAGAUAUGUUAAACAGCAUAAUUCCUCCUGAGGAUAAAGAACAAGUGGCAGCUAUUUCAUUCAAAAGUUUCUUUGAUCCACAGCACCCACCAGAGGAAAACGAGAAAAUUCUGUAUUUUCAACAUCUUCUCAGAGCACAUGCUGUAAGCAGUCAAAGUAAAUUAAUGGUACAGCCUUUAAAGGUGUUUGAACUUGGCAUACAUCACCUGAGUAAGGCUGUGUCAGAGAAGUAUAAAACUCUUGAAGUCAGUCAAAAUCAAGCCCUGAUCCAUCAUUACAAUGCAUGUGUACAGACAUAUGAACCUUCUAUGAAAUGUUACCCUACAGUUAAAGAUACACAAGUGCUAAGAUACAAAGAAAAACUAACCUAUCGGACACACCUAGUUCUUACAGAUGCAUUAAAGAUGUUUGCAUGAUAUUAUUUCUGAGAAAUUAUAAAUAAAAUGCUUACUGAAUAUAUCAGGAGAAAAUGUUAGAUUCAUUUUGGCAACUUUUGCAGAAGUAGUACAUAGUACAAAGAAUUGUCCAGACCCCAUGUCUGGUGACCAUCUUAGUCCAGCAUAACUUUUUCACGAUUUUUUUGACUAAGUGAAAUAACAAGUACUUAAGUUUUGUACAAAUGUGUGUCUACAAAAAAAAAACAACCCUCUUUCCAAUUAAAAAGGAGACAAAGAAAUAGAAAAGCAAAAUGUGUAACAGCAUCUGGACACGCAAUUUUGUUUCACAUCCAUCAAAGCCAGUGGUGAUACAAUUUCAAAAGGCCUAUUUCUUAUAGUAGGAAAAAAAACAAUAGGCUACGGUCAAAAUGUUUACCGACAUCAGUAUUUGAUAUUCUUUUGUCCAGUUACAACACUCAGCAUAUGCUAAGGAUGUCCAAGCCACUGACUGAAAGGUCAAGACAUUACAUCCUGCUUACUAGUAGUGGUAUCGUCACCUACAGUGAGUACCCUGAAGAGGGAUAAUCGAAAACAGAUCAGAGGCACAGCAAGUCUUGAAAUGCUAGGUGAAGGCUAAUGUGUAUACAUCAUCUAAACUGCUAUGUUUAUAAACGUUAUGAGCAGUUUAGUUGACCAAUUUGCAUUCACCAUUCAAGUAACACUUGACAAUGUUCUAUGCACAGGGCCCCUGAUUCUUAACAGAACCAAACAGAGAGAGCAAUAAAGUAAUC